ACCAAACCAUUCACAAAUGCGAGACUUUAUGAGUAGCUUGAAAAAUGACGGACAUAGUUGUCGUUUUCUUCCCAAACCAGAGGAAAUAGUGCGCAGGGUUUAAACCCUUUGUUGUUUCUGUAUCAACCAAACCAGAGGCUUAAACCCCUCCGUAAGUUUGUUCACCUGAUUAGAUGACGAAGCACUCUCAUUUCAGCUCCCUAUUCAACACCCUCUACUCCCGUCUCUCUCACUUUUCGCUCUUCUACUCCACGGCCGCCCCCAAAUCUCACCGCAAGUCCUGGAGAGGCUCGCUGAACAGCCUCUACCGUCGGAUCUCCCGGAACGAUCCAAAGGCCUCCGCUCUACCCAUUCUCGACCGGUGGGUCCAAGAAGGCCGAGCCGUAGAUAAAGAUGCCCUCGUCACUAUCAUCAAAGAGCUCAGGUACCACAAAGACUACCGCCAAGCUCUUGAGGUUUCUAUGUGGAUGAGUGACAAAAGGUAUGUUGAACUUUUGCACGCCGACGUAGCCAUCCGGCUUGAUUUGAUUGCAAAAGUUCAUGGUACAGAACAGGCCGAGAAUUAUUUCAACAACACUCCCGAAAAAUUGAAAGUCCUUGAGGUUUACUGUGCUCUCCUCAACUGCUAUGCCCAUGCAAAACAGUUGGAAAAAGCAGAGGCCACCAUGCAGAAGAUGAAAGAUUUGGGGUUAUAUAUGACGUCACUGUCAUACAAUGUUUUGCUCAAUUUGUAUUACAAGACUGGACACAAGGAGAAAUUUAAUAGUCUGAUGAGUGAAAUGGAAGAGAAUGGCAUCAGGUAUGACAAAUUCACGUAUGGAAUCAAACUCAACGCAGCUGCAGCUGUUUCUGAUCUUGAAGGAAUUGACAAGAUUCUGGCAGAAUGGCAAUCUGAUCCGAGGAGUCUUUUGGACUGGGCUGAUUAUGCUAUUGCAGCAAAUGGUUAUACAAAAUCAGGAGCUGUGGACAAGGCUUUAGCAAUGUUAAAGAGAUCUGAGGAACAGAUACCAAGUUCUAAAAGACAGAGGGGAGCAUAUGAGUAUCUUAUGACUCAAUAUGCAGUACUGGGGAAGAAAGACGAUACUUUGAGACUAUGGAAAUGUUACAAGGAGCAGAUGAAAGUAUACAAUAAGGGUUAUGUAUGCAUAAUGACCUCACUCUCUAAGUUUGAUGACAUUGAGAGUGCUGAGAAGAUCUUUGAAGAGUGGGAAUCUGAGCAUUUAAAUUAUGAUAACCGUAUCCCAAAUACUUUAAUUGGUGCUUAUACCAGGAAUGGCUUUCUUGACAAGGCUGAAGCCAUUAUGAGCAGGAUAACAUUGAAGGAUCAGAAACCUAGUCCUACAGCAUGGAAUUAUUUGGCUAAAGGGUACCUUGAUCAAGGUCAAUUUGAGAAGGCAGUUGAAUCGGCAACAAAAGCGGUUUCUUCUGCGCAGCCAGGGUGGAUGCCGAACAAGGAUGUUGUGGUCGGAUGUCUGGAGUACUUCAAAAUGAAAGCAGAUCUGGAAGGAGCGGAGAAAUUCAUCAAACUGCUCAGGGAUAAGAAUAUCAUUCGUGUAAAUAUGCAGGAAAGAUUGUUGAAUCAUAUCAAAAACGGCAAUUCAACUGCUGUAGUAGGUGAAAUGUGGGAUUGUCCAGACGGGGAUGAAGAAACAAGUGAACUUACAGAGGUGGAAUAUGGCAGUAGUAACUCUUAGAACUUAGAUUCCACUUAACAAGACCGUGUUCAUACUUUUUUCAAAAAACACCCGAAAGUUUGGGCAGCAAAAAUGCAAGUCAACCGCGCUAAGACUUGUAAAAUGUUCAUUAGGGAGAAGCAAAGCUUUAUGGUUGAAUAUUUUCCUGGUUAUGCGAAUGAAUACGGU